AUGAUAAAAAUCAUCUUUGCUUUCUCUAUAAUAUAUUUGUCUCUCUGCACAAAAUCAAUCCUUAUUUUAAGACAUGGAGCAAGGGAUCCAUAAGUUUGGACUGAAUAUGAUGAACACUUUUUAUGGACAGAUCCAAUUAAAAUUUUAACCCAAAAAGGAGUUGAUUAAUUAAUAGAGGUUGGUAUUUAAUAAUAAAGAUAAUCAUUUUUUGACUCUUAAGGCAAUUGCAUAUAUGAUUUAUUAGAGAUUCAAUCAUCAAAAACAGCUAGAUGUACCUCUUCAACUGUUUGUUUCAUAAAAGGAUUAUGUCCUAAAAACUAUAAAGAAAUUCUACAUAGAUUUUUUAGUGAAUAUUAUUAAAAUAGAGUCUUAAAUUAGAGCAAGUUUGAAAAGAUUUUAUAAUCUAAUUUUUCUGAUCCAUUAUCUUUAGAUUAUGAUAUAUUUGAUAGCACUGGAGAUUUUAUGUUCUAAGGUCAUAAAACAAAGUAGUGUCCAAAUUUGAAACAAAUUAAUAAAAAUGUUCAAAAUAGUAAAGAAUAUAAAAACAGAGAAAAAGAAUUUAAAUUAAUGGAUUAAUUAAAUGGAGUAUAUGAUAUAAUGGUAUAAGCAUAUCCUAGUAAAAUAAUUACUAAAAGUUCUAUUACUUUAACUGAUGUUGAUGAUAUUUAUGAUGAUACAUUUUGUAAUCAAUUUUAAGGAUUCCAUUUUCCAAAUCCUUCAUAAUCUACAUAUACAUAUAUGUCAGAUGUUGUUAAAUUUCUUAAUUACUUUGGUUCAAAUUCAGAUAUGUUUUAGCAUUAAGCAUCCCUUACAGAACCUUUUAAAUGGAUUAUUUCAUAAUUUUACUCCAAUGAAUAAUUGAGUGUUUAUGUUGGUACUGAAUCUAAUUAAUUUGCUAUGCUAUCUGUUUUAGUAGAUGAAUAGUAUUUAACACCAUUUGCUUCAGAAUUGGAAUUUAUUAUUAAAGGAAAUAUGGUUUUUAUUUACUAUAAUAAAGUCUAAUUGAAAACAAAAAUGUGUGAAAGUGGUUAUUAUUGUACUAUCGAUUAAGCAGUUCAAUACAUGCAAUAAUAUAUCGUUAAAGAUGUUAAAUAAUUAUGUGGUGUUUGA